AUGGGAAUAUUCAAUGUUGAUCUGAAAGACAGAAAGAUAAUAUUUCCGACGUCGGAGAAAAAGCUGGCAGGGUGGAGGUGCACAAAGGGGGGCGGAGAUAAUAGCAGUGAUAGGCCGCGGCGGCUGUCGGUGGACGGGAGAAUAGGGAAUGGUAGUGAGUGUAUGGUAGAUAAAGAGUUUGCAAGAGCGCGCUUGUCGGACGUCGGUGGGGCUGCAGCUUCCACUAGCACAUCCUUCACCUCCGAUGACUCCUUCUUCACCGCCGGCGGCAUGACCAUGCACCCCAGCGACUCCGCUAGCUUCGCCAGAGGGAGCCCCAUCAGGAUCCCCAAGGUUGUCAAGAAACAAGGAGAGAGCAUUUCCAAAGGCCACAAGAAUUAUGAGCUCAUGCUCAAUUUGCAGCUCGGGAUCAGGCAUUCAGUUGGAAGGCCCGGUCCAGCUCCGUCCCUGGAUCUCAAGCCAUCCGCUUUUGAUCCGAGGGAGAAGUACUGGACCAGGUUUCCGCCCGAGGGGUCCAAGAGCACUCCGCCCCAUGCGUCCUGCGAUUUCAGAUGGAAAGAUUAUUGCCCUAAAGUUUUCAGGGCAUUGAGGAUGUUGUUCAAGGUGGAUGCUGCAGACUACAUGCUGUCAAUCUGUGGAAACGAUGCCCUCAGGGAACUCUGCUCUCCAGGGAAGAGUGGCAGUUUUUUCUACUUGACAAACGACGAUCGUUACAUGAUCAAGACAAUGAAGAAGGCAGAAGUGAAGGUGCUUUUAAGGAUGCUGAAUGCCUAUUUCAACCACGUUCGAUCCUAUGAGAACACCCUCGUGACCAAAUACUAUGGAUUGCAUUGCGUUAAGCUAAGCGGAACAGCCCAGAAGAAGGUGCGGUUCAUCAUCAUGGGGAAUCUCUUCUGCACAGAGUACACGAUCCAAAGGCGGUUCGACUUGAAGGGAUCGACUUUCGGGCGCCUGACAGACAAACCAGAAUCUGAGAUUGAUGCCACCACAACCCUCAAAGACCUGGACCUCAACUUCAUAUUCAGAUUGCAGAAGGCCUGGUUUCAAGAAUUCAGGAGGCAAGUAGACCGGGACUGUGAGUUGCUCGAGCAGGAGCGAAUAAUGGACUACAGCCUUCUUGUUGGCCUCCAUUUCAGAGAAUCUAGCACUGGAGAACAAACACCCACUGGCUGCUUAACUCCAACCGAUAAUGGAGUCUCAGAAACUGAUUCUGUGGCGCGCCUGUCUCGAGCUGAUAUGGAUCAAUUACUUGUGGAUCCAGCAGGGUGGGCUAGCAUAAGGCUGGGCAUAAACAUGCCUGCAAGAGUGGAAAGGACAGAGAGGAGAAGCGACGGCGAAUUGCAGCUAGUAGGAGAGCCAACAGGGGAGUACUAUGAUGUCAUCCUAUUUUUUGGCAUCAUAGACAUCCUCCAGGACUAUGACAUUACCAAGAAGCUUGAGCAUGCCUACAAGUCCUUCCAGUACGACCCGAACUCCAUCUCAGCCGUCGAUCCUAAGGCCUAUUCCAAGCGCUUUCGCGACUACAUAUUGAAAGUCUUUGCAGAGGACACUUAGAAACAGACAGACAACAUAUGAACAGACAAGACAACCUUUUUCUUGUCUGUCAAGGAGCCUUAAAUUGUUUUCAGCUGAGAAGAGGAAUUGGUUCUUUUCUUUCUCUUGAUUCAUCGUAACUUAUACGUCGCAUAUUAUAGGUAUAUACACACACACACACAGAAAUUGUGGGUGAAAAUUGUAUAGAGAGUUCAUGACAGAAGCAGCAGAAGUGUAAUUUAACCAAGUGUGGGAAGAUAUUA